AUGGAAUCUCCAAUUCAAGCCCAACCAAUUCCUCUUUACGAAACCCUUACCCUAACCCCACUCUCUCCUUCACCCACGGCCACCCCAAUUCGAUCGCCGCAGUCCGAUCCUCUCGAACCCUACACUGUGUUCCGCAAUGAGAUUUCUCUCGCCGCCGUCAAUUCUACUGCUGCGGAAUCUGCCGCACCUGAUUUCUUCUCUCUAGAUGUUGGUGGCGGUGAUGAUGAGGAGUUGGAGCUGAAGACGCCGGCUAAUGGAGGAGCUAAGGGGAAGAGGAAGGCGUUGGUGGAGACGGAUAAUUUGCCGAAGCCCAAGUUGGAGAGUGUGUGGUUUAGAGGGAAUAGUAAAUUUAGGAGUCCUAUGUUACAGUUACAUAAAGUGAGCUCAUAUCUGAUGGUGGCUGAUGCAGAGAUAGUGGAUUUCUGUGAUUUUCUAUCACCAACUCAGGAGGAACAAGCUUCACGUGCUGAAGCUGUACGAUGUGUUUUUAAUGUUAUUAAAUAUAUAUGGCCCAAUUGUAAGGUGGAAGUUUUUGGUUCGUUUAGGACAGGACUUUAUCUUCCAACCAGUGACAUUGAUGUUGUGAUUCUGGGUUCAGGAAUAAAAAACCCACAGAUUGGUUUAAACGCUCUUUCCAGGGCAUUGUCUCAGAAGGGUGUUGCAAAGAAGAUACAGGUGAUAGCAAAGGCUCGUGUGCCCAUUGUUAAAUUCAUUGAAAAGAGAAGUGGUGUUUCCUUUGAUUUAAGUUUUGAUGUCAAUGGUGGACCCAUAGCUGCCGAGUUUAUUAAGAAUGCAAUAUCCAAGUGGCCUCCACUACGACCAUUAUGUUUGAUAUUGAAAGUAUUUCUACAGCAGAGAGACCUCAACGAGGUAUACUCUGGCGGCAUAGGUUCUUAUGCAUUGCUUGCCAUGCUUAUGGCAAUGUUACAGAAUCUCAGGGACUGCCAGGCUUCUCGGGAACUUAAUUUGGGGCUUCUCUUGUUUGGUUUUGGAAAGCAGAUACACUUUUUUGAUUUUUAUGGACGGAAAUUGAACACCACAAAUGUUGGUGUAUCUUGCAAAGGGAUUGGGACAUUCUUUUCGAAGCAUACCAAAGGGUUUAUCAACAAUGGACGGCCAUUUCUCAUUGCAAUUGAAGACCCACAGGCUCCAGAGAAUGACAUUGGCAAGAAUUCGUUCAAUUAUUUCCAGAUUAGAUCAGCAUUUGCAAUGGCUUUUACAACUUUGACAAAUCCAAAGACCAUCCUAAGCUUAGGGCCCAACAGGAGCAUUCUUGGUACUAUAAUUAGACCAGACCCAGUUUUGCUGGAACGCAAAGGAGGGAAAAAUGGAGAGGUAACUUUUAGCAGCUUGCUGCCUGGAGCUGGGGAGCCAUUACAGUCAAAUUAUGGACAACAGGAGAUUUUGUGCAAUUGGCAGUUGGGUGAUGAAGAAGAGGCACUACCACGUGGAGGUGGGGUUGCUGGAGAUGGUAGUGCAUGUUCCUCUGGAAAGAAGAGGAAAGUUUCUUCUAAAGAGAAGCCUGGGAGGAAAAAGUUGAAAGAAAAUGGUGACAUUGGGAAGGUCAGACAUGAUGAAAGUGGCUCAAAGAAAGAGAAGUCAGCAAAGAAGAAACAACGAUGGAGAAAGAAUGAUAGCGCCAAGGGUUUUGGCAGUCAUGUUGCGCAAUUACCCCCUUUACAGAAUGCUUUGGAAGGAAACAUUCCCCUGGAAACAGGCCUUUUAAAAGGUCUCUUCAUGCUCAACCUCUCCCGGAAUGGUCUACAUGGUGAGAUUCCAAACACCAUAGGAAAAAAUGAGUGCUUCUUAAGUUUCAACAAUUUGAGUGGGCAGAUCCCAGCACCCAUAAAUUUUUUGGACCUUUCCAGUGUUAUAUAUGAUCUUGUCCUACAACAACCUGAGUAG